UGUGUUUACAGUCUCGUGCUAUUAAUAUAUAUAUAUAAAGCUUGACGGACUAUUGCAUGGUGCUAGCAUGGAGGAGAGGCUGAUGAGAAUUUUAUGUUUCUUUUUUUAUCAACUUCUUCUAAUUCAUUGUCUUCUUGCAGCUGCUCCUGAUGAAGAAGAGCAUUCGAAUCUAUAUGUUGUUUACUUGGGAGAUACGGUGAACCGGGAUCCACUGCACCAGGACGAUGACGAUGAUUCUAAGAUUGAUCAAUCACACAUCGAAAUCCUCACAUCCGUAAAACUAUGUCUCCAGCCUCAAUCCAGUUCCGAUGCUAUUGAAAAUGAAGCGAAAGAGUCCAUACUCUAUAGCUAUACAAAAAGUUUCAACGCAUUUGCAGCAAAGCUAUCAAAAGAUGAAGUCGACAAAUUGAUGGAGCUGGACCAAGUGCUUUCUGUGUACCCGAAUCAGUAUCACAAGUUGCAGACGACAAAAUCAUGGGAUUUCAUCGGGCUUCCGCUAACAGCGAGGAGGAAUUUGAAAGUAGAGAGUAAUAUAAUUGUUGGUCUCCUGGAUACAGGGAUCACUCCAGAAUCAGAAAGUUUUCAGGAUACUGGGUUCGGUCCUCCGCCCACAAAAUGGAAAGGAAGUUGUAAACACUACGCUAAUUUCUCCGGAUGCAACAACAAGCUUAUCGGAGCAAAAUACUACAAACUGGAUGGCACAGAUGAUCCUAACGACAUCUUAUCGCCUGUAGAUGUGGAAGGCCAUGGAACCCACACAUCAUCAACUGCGGUAGGAAAUCAUAUAGCAAACGCAAACCUUUUUGGGCUAGCCAAGGGAACCGCACGCGGUGCAGUGCCAAGUGCUAGAGUGGCGGCCUACAAAGUAUGUUGGGUCAGCUCAGGUUGCUCUGAUGUUGACAUACUUGCUGGAUUUAAUGCUGCUAUUCAUGAUGGUGUGGACGUUAUAUCGAUUUCCAUUGGUGGCACCAAUGGAAAUUACUCCUCAGAUUCAAUAGCAAUUGGUUCAUUUCAUGCCUUGAAGAAGGGAAUUAUUACUGUGGCUUCAGCUGGUAAUGAUGGCCCCAAUUUGGCCAGUGUAAGUAACCACGCUCCGUGGCUUGUCACCGUUGCAGCUAGUGCCAUUAAUAGGCAGUUUAGGAGCAAAGUUGAGUUGGGCAGUGGCAAGAUUAUCUCAGGAAUUGGUCUCAAUUCAUUUGAACCAAAGCAGAAACUAUACCCCCUAGUUAAUGGGGCUGAUGUUGCCAGAAACGACGACCAAAAAGAGAGUGCAAGGUUCUGUAUUUCGGACUCAUUGGACCCUGCAAAGGUGAAGGGAAAGCUUGUUUUCUGCCAGCUAGAGAUUUGGGGUGUUGAUUCUGUUGUUAAAGGGAUUGGAGGGGUAGGCACUAUAGUUGAAAGUGAGCUAUUUCUUGAUACAGCCCAGAUUUUUAUGGCACCAGGGACCAUGGUCAAUUACAGCGAUGGCAACAUCAUCACCAGCUAUAUUAAUUCCACAAAGAAACCUUUAGCCGUUAUAUACAAAACCGAGCAAUUAGAAAUCCCUGCUCCGUUUAUAGGUUCCUUUUCGUCCCGUGGCCCGAAUCCUGGGUCAGAACGCAUUCUUAAGCCUGAUAUUGCAGCACCAGGUGUUGACAUCUUGGCAGCUUACACACCUUUGAAGUCACUAACCGGAUUGGAAGGAGACACCCAGUUUUCAAAAUUCACCAUCAUGUCUGGGACUUCCAUGGCUUGUCCUCAUGUUUCCGGUGCAGCAGCCUACGUUAAGUCGUUUCAUCCAAGUUGGAGCCCAGCAGCAAUAAAAUCGGCUAUCUUGACCUCUGCUACACCUAUGAGCCGGAGGAUGGACCGUUUUGCUGAAUUUUCAUAUGGUGUUGGCCAAUUGAACCCACAUAAAGCUGUGAGCCCUGGGUUAAUUUACGAUACAGAUCAAAUGGGUUACAUCCAAUUUUUGUGUCAUGAGGGUUAUAAUGGAUCAUCUUUGGCUGCAAUAGUUGGUUCGAAAUCCAUAAAUUGUUCCUCAUUAAUUCCUGGAUUUGGCUAUGAUGCUCUUAACUAUCCAACAAUGCAAGUAAAAUUGAAUAAUGAAAAACAACCGACCACUGCAAUUUUUCGGAGGACAGUUACCAAUGUAGGCACUCCUAUUUCCGUCUACAAUGCCACGUUAAAAGCUCCAGAAGGAGUGGAAAUCUCUGUCAAGCCUAUGAGUCUUUCCUUCUCUCGCAGGAAGCAGAAAAGGAGUUUCACAGUUGUGGUGAAAGCAAAUCCAGUGCCGGCUUCUACACAAGUGUUGUCAGGCUCACUUGUAUGGAAAAGCUCUCGACAUGUUGUUAGGAGUCCUAUUGUUCUUUAUCAUGCACAGGCAUAAUGUUCUCAUCAAACACUACUAAAAUUGUCUCCAACUCCUGGAGCAAUAUAUUUACGCUUAUAGUGGUAUUA